GGCGUGCGCGACCGCCUCCAACUCACGCCAAGAGGCUCGCAUGGACCCCCACGCAUAUACUCAGCAACGUGCAGCUCGAUCUGACGAAACAACGCACACGAGAUCAUCGGCUGAUUCCACGGACGAUGCCACCACAUAGGACGGCGUCCCGCACCUAAUCCGCGAUCGUCGCGCCCCCUAUCGGCGCGCCACUCGGCCAACACAUUAUCUGGGACGCUGGCAACGGCCCGCACUUCCCCAACAGGCGUCGACGAUCUCGCAAAGCCGGCGGCGAUCGUUUCGCGGCGGGACGACCUCGACCUCGCGCAUCUUUGAGCCCUGUUCAGGCGUAUCUCAUCUCCUGGCGCAUCCCUACAUGCUGCGCACUGCAUAUACCCGGAGCUCGCGUCGUGUACGUUCCCAGCGCGCCCGCUCGCAAACUGCACUGACGACGUCGUGUUUCCCGACGCUCGUUUUCUUAAAAUGCACAUUUCUCCCCGCACGGCGCCCGGAUCGGCCUGCGCAUCCGCGUGCGGCCUCGUGAAAGUGUUCCCCGUCGUCCACGAAGCUGUCGCGGCGGUGCAACUCCGGACGCCUUGCGAAGCCGGCUGGGACGCCCGCCACGCUGGCAGCGACUUCGCGCGCGGACGGUAGCUCUCUGACCUCUGGAAACGAAACGGCAGGCCAUAUGCACCAGGACGCACACGCGCUCCGGAUGGCGUGGCGAUCCGGAGACCGAUUUCAUGGGUUCGGCUUGCUCGAAAACUCACGAAUACACGCGUCGCGCGACGCUCCCCCGCCCGAUGGACGCGUAUCUCGACAGGAAAACGCCCGGGGAUCCUCACAACAGUCACGCUUUGUUCCGGAGCGCGUAUGACGUCGGGUGGCGACUAAGUGGCAGGGGGACUCUGCGUACGCCCGGGCCUGAGGAUCUCACGAACUCGAAUGCCGUGCCCUGGGCCUCUCAAACAUGCAGUUUGAGCUCCAUGCACCAGGUGGCACACGCCCCUCGCAUCUUGGCGCGAUCCGGGGAGGUUAAAAUCGGGGCAACUCGACCGAUUUCAUGGGUUGGCCAAAAGGAGAAAACCACAAACUCGCGUGCUCCGUGCUCAUCCCUCGCCCGGGAGCUAUGCCGCGUCGCAGGC